AUGGGAUUUGCUUGGGAGGCUGCGAAAUGUCAAAUUGUAAAUGUAGAAAAGAUCGAUUGGGAUAACAGAAAAUUUAUAUCAAAUAAUGAGUUAUAUAUUAAAUCUUUUUCAAAUUAUGAAGAUAAAAAUGAUGGGUUAUCAGGUUUAGAAUCAUUAUUUAACCCAGACCCAUUAAGUUCAUCACCAAGUUCAGAAUCAGACUCAACAUCAGAUUCUGAAUCUAAAUCAACAGGUUCAGCAUCAGAAUCAGCAUCAGCAUCAGAAUCAAAAAAUUCAGAUUCAGAUUCAACAAGCUCGGCAAAAGGCUCAUCAUCAGAUUCAAAAUCAAGUUCAACAUCAGACUCGACAUCAGAAAUAACAGGUUCAGUAACAGGUUCAGUAACAGGUUCAUCGGAUUCAAAAGGCUCAGAUUCAAAAUCAGGUUCAGGAUCUAGCUCAACAUCAGGUUCAGGAUCUAGUUCAACAUCAGAUUCAACAUCAGGUUCAGGAUCAAGUUCAACAUCAGAUUCAUCACCAGAUUCAACAUCAGGUGCAGCAUCAAGUUCAACAUCAGGUUCAGAAUCAAGUUCUACAUCAGGUUCAGCAUCAAGUUCUACACCAGGUUCAGAAUCAAGUUCAACACCAGGUUCAGAAUCGAGUUCAACACCAGGUUCAGAAUCGAGUUCAACAUCAGGUUCAGAAUCAAGCUCAACACCAGAUUCAACAUCAGAAUCAACAUCAGAUUCAACAUCAAGUUCAGAAUCUAGUUCAACAUCAGGUUCAGGAUCAAGCUCGACAUCAGGUGCAGCAUCAAGCUCAACACCUGACUCAACAAGCUCAGUAUCAAGUUCAUCAUCAGACUCAACAUCAGGUUCAGGAUCAAGCUCAGCAUCUAGUUCUACAUCAGGUGCAGCAUCUAGUUCUACAUCAGGUUCAGCAUCUAGUUCAACAUCAAGCUCAACUUCAGAUUCAAAAGAAACAUCAAACUCAACUUCAGAUUCAAAAGAAACAUCAAGCUCAUCAUCUAGCAAAGAAAAUUCAUCCACCUCGCCUUCAAAAUCAAAAUCAAAAAAGGCUAUUAUUAUUGUUGUAGUUUCAAUUGUGUGUGUCCUCAUUUUCAUAGUUUUCAUUUUUUAUAGAAAACCAAUUUUAAGACAAAAGGUAUUAAGACUUAUUGGAAUUAACAAAAAUGUUAAAUAUAGUGUUGUUGGUAUAUCUCCAAAUACUUUAGAUAAUAAUUUUUCUAUUUAUAAUGACGAUGACUUUUGA